AUGAAAAUUUUCCUCCCUAGACCUUACAGCCCUCCUCAAUCGGAUUCACAAGACUAUUUGGAAUCUUCAGAACAUGAUGGUGAAGAUGAAUGGGUUUCACAUUUAAUUGUUCAGCAAAAAGGCGCGGAAAAGGAGAAGAUAGUCAUACUCACUGUCUAUGGCAAAUUACUGCCUCAAAUUAAGCAUUUCCGAGCAGAGCAUGAUCAUCAAGCCAACAAUAUCUGGACAGAGUGUGAACAAGAGCGUGCUGAGAAGGGCAACAGAGGAAAUGACGUAGAUGAUUUGCAAUCACAGCUCCGCGGGCACUACAAAGAACAAAUGAAGAUAUCCAAUGAUGCCUACAUUUGUAUCCCCAUGGAUGCUAUUCCCAAGUACAUCUUUCACAAAUUUCCAAUGGCUGAUUUCUCACUUGUCCGAAGCUCCCUGGUGGAUAUCCGUAACUAUGAUGAGACACCAAUGGCAUUCAUCUGCAUGAGUCUUCCAGCAAAAAUACAAAAUUAUCUUACAAACAACCUACUAGCAGUGUUUGGGACCCCGGAUCUAUUGACAGAGAAGAACACCCGUGUUGAUGUUGACUCUACCUUUCAAUUACUUUACUUGUCAUGGUACAACCGCCACUGUACCAAGGUGAUCCCAUACAUCUCCAAGGACAUCAAAGACAACCAGAAAAUGUUUCAGUCCCUCAAGGCCAUCUUCAAAGAGCUGUUUAACUGGAUACAUGGUAUUGCAAGUGGUUCUCAAUAUUUUCUCACAGGUAUCUCAUUGAUACAAAGGCUCACCGUGAAAGCAAGGACCAGGAGUUUUGCCUGGUUCUCCCCAUUGGAACAUUCAGGGGGGAUGGUUCCCAUGAUGGUUGAGACAGGCCUUGUCAUUGAGCUGAAUCAUGGGGACUUUGCAAUUUUUAGGUUGUCUGAUAUCACUCAUCUCAACCUUUAUUAUGCAAUUCUCAGAGGUAUUGUCAGGAGUUAUUCAUAUUCUAACCAGAAUGCCUGCCCUAAACUCUGUGGGCUGGUCAACUUUGAUGGCAGGCAAAAAAAUACGAAGGGUAAAUCUAAAGUUAAUGCCUCCAAGGGGCAAAACAAUGCAGUUACUUUGACUAUGAAUGCCAGGGUACAAUCUACCCAGGCAGCUCAGAAAGAGGCAAUGGAAGCCAAAUACAUAGAAUACACUCAUCUCCCUCAGCAACGAGAAAGAAAACAGCUAGUUAAUUCUGAUGAGGAAGAUUUUCAAGGGGUCCUAACUCGAAAGCCACGCAUAGGUGAGGAUGGAAGCAGCAAUGAUUAUGAUGAGGAUGAGGGUGCUAGACCAGAUGAUGUUGAUCAACUUAUUCUGGAUGAUCAAGAUGUCUUUUACCUCUACCUCUGUUUCUACACGUGCAGCUCUCUCGUUACCGCCAAAGAUGGGGAAAAGGCGUGGGAUCACCCUCAAUAUAUUUCACAGUUAUCUUCUGGAUCUUGCUACCACUGGGCAUGCUGUCAUGAGACUGCAUAUUGCCAAGAAGAUAUACAAGCCAAGCUUCUAGAGGUUAACAGCAAUGAAGAAAUCAAAAACACAUCAAUUGACUAUGUCUGGGGAAAAAUUGUAGCCAAAGCUCAUUUUAUGAUCAAUGGUGCUUACCAUAUUCCUGGUGAUAUGACGCCAGCUCAGAUCAAAGAAGUCGUAACAUGGCUUUUAGAGACUGGUGCAUUUGCUGAUGGUGAUCUUGACAUCAAGGCCAGAAUGUUUAACAAGCAGAAAUCUUUUUCUCAUCAGACCUUCAAGGACUUAAUACAUAAUCAGUUACCACAGCUAGCAUAUAUGAAUGGCAACAAGGCCACAAUUGAGUUCUCAGAGAAUGUUUUCAAAAUCAGGUGGGAAUACUACUUCAAAAAGUUGUCAGUUCUUCAGAGGAAAAGUCCUAUCUGGACGAAGAAAAUGAGAGAUGGCUUGUACCAGGACAUUUUAAAUCUGGCAAAUCUUCACUAUCUAGGGAUUGAUGACGAUUAUAUGAAAGAUGAAGAUUUUGGUAUUGAUUUUAAAGCCCUGGAAGGCACUGUCACUGUUGUUGAGCAUACUGCUUGA